ACAGGUUCAGUUUCACAAACAGCUCUCCUCUGUAAGUCUCGUUCCCACACAAACCCCUGACCCGACUCUGUCCGUAUCUCCUGCUGUGUGUGUUUGGAAGCAUGGCGUCUUUGGCUAAAAAACGAGCUUUGGGAACGGGAGAGGAGCCGGAGGAAGACCAGGAGGAGAGCUCGGAUGAGGGGAUAGAAGGGGUAGGUGGCUCCGAAGACGACGGCAGUGAGGAUUCUGACGAUGAAAUAAACGAGGAGGUGACUGUCGAUUUUGAAGCACAUACAAUAUCCGACAGCGACUCUAACGGGAUCACAAAGCUUUUGAAACAGCUGUUUUUGAAAGCCAGUAUAAACCUGUCUCAACUGACUGAUCUGAUAAUCCAGCAGAACCAUAUUGGAAGCGUUAUCAGGCAAGCUGACGUUCCAGAGGAUAGUGAUAACGAUGAUGAUGAUCUAGAUGAAGUCUUUGGAUUCAUCAGUCUUUUAAAUCUGACUGAAAGAAAGGGCUCAGAGUGUGUUGAGCAGAUUAAAGAGCUUGUGCUUGGUCACUGUGAGAAGUGCUGCCCUCCAAGCGUCGUUGAGCAGCUGGAUAAAAUCCUGAACGACACCACAAAGCCUGUGGGCCUCCUGUUGAGCGAGAGAUUCAUCAAUGUGCCACCACAAAUUGCUCUACCCUUACACAAACAGCUACAGGAAGAAAUAGCAGAAGCCCAGAGAACCAAUAAACCCACUGGGAAGUGCCAUUUUUACAUCAUGGUAAGCAAAACCUUCAAAGAGGCAGGGAAGAAUAACAGCACACUAAGAGGAGACGCACCAAAGAAAGAAGAAUUGAUGUUUACGAAUGCAGAGGAGGAAUUCUUUCACGAGCAUGCAGUUAUGAAGUUCAACUACUCUGUCCAAGAGGAAAGCGACUCAUGCCUUGCUGGCCGAUGGUCUUUCGAUGAUGUUCCAAUGAAACCUUUCCGUACUGUAAUGUUAAUCCCAGCCAAGAGUAUCGGUCCAAUCAUGGAAAAACUAAGAGAGUACCUGUCAGUAUGAAUGUUACCUGGAGGAACUGUAUAAGCUUUGGAACACAGUGGUUUUUUACCUGAUAAUUUAAUUAUUUGUAUAAAAACACAGGUAUAUUAAAAAAAAAACACACACACAACUCUGUACACUAAGUGUACUUUUUUUUCCUAUUGGACUCCCAAGUAGCUCCAGUGCAUGUGAGCUGGAGUUAUGAUAAAUGGACCUUGAUGUGUAAUUGUAAUCCAUAAUAUGUACUUACCAUUGGCUGUGUGGAAUUUUAUUUCCAUGACAAGAUAUAACUGUUCAGAUUUAAAAAAUGUAAUCACCCAUAAAACAGUGUACAUAAAGUAUCAGUUUGUUACAAAACAAUUUAUACAGAAAAUUUAAGUAAAGCUAAUUUUUGAAAAUCCUCCUAUACAACAUCCUUCACAAUUUGAAGUAAAAAAAAAAAAAAAAAAAAGUUUCAAGAGA